AUGUCGCUAUACAGCGACUGUGGGACCACCUUCAUAGGCGCCGACACGCUCCGAGACUUAUUCUCAGCCGCAAACCCUGAAGGACGUCGCGUCGCCUCCUUCGCUGCUCAGGAGCAAAUUCAGUGGCGGUUCAAUCCGCCGGCUGCGCCCAACUUCGGAGGUAUCUGGGAAGCGGCAGUCAAAUCGAUGAAGCACCAUCUUCGCAGAGUGAUAGGAGAUGCUACACUCACCUACGAGGAGAUGGCCACUCUCCUCUCCCAGGUCGAGGCUUGCCUCAACUCUCGGCCGCUGCAACCGCUAACCGACGACCCGGAGGACUUCAGUGCGCUGACACCCGGCCAUUUCCUCAUCGGCUCCGCGCUCUCCGUCGUCCCCGAACCGUCGCUGACUGAAGAAUCGUCGUCGCGCCUCUCCUGGUGGCAGCUUCUACAACAGAUGAAGGAUCAUUUCUGGUCCCGAUGGUCCCGCGAAUACCUACACACGCUGGCUCAUCGGCCGAAAUGGUUCAAAAUAAACCGGGAAACUCGCGUCGGUCGACUCUGUUUGAUACGUCACGAAAUGACCGCGCCAACGAGGUGGCCGCUAGCACGCAUCACCAAAUUGCACUCCGGAGCCGACGGACACGUUCGCGUCGUCGAGGUACGCACCGCCACCACUGUCUUGACGCGACCCGUUGCCAAACUCGUUUUUUUUCCCGACGCGGACGAACCGCAUCUAAAACCACAAGCGAUGUAA